GGUCUCUUAUUCUUUAAAAGCAAGAUUAAAACCACGGUUUGAGUCAAAAGUCUCACGGCAUUUGGAUAAAGAGGUUGCUAGGAAUUUUAAGAGAGAACUGUUAUAUAUAUUCAAAGACUGGUGUGAUAUGUAAGCGGUGGACAUAAAGUGAAAUAUAGAGAAAGUUGAGAAAAAAUAUCGCAAGUUUGAAUCUUUAAAGAAAAGUAAAGGUGUAUUGUUUUGAUAAAAAUGGGAAGUACAGACGCAAACCCCCAGGAUCUGCUACGAGAGGCUUAUAACCAGGUGGCUUUUUAUGGAAGCAAAGAAGAGUCAGACUUGCCGCAAUACAACGGAAGAGAUACUCAUUUUACAGAGGAUGCAUCGGGGCGUGCCGACGGCCAUGUCGAUUCGUCCGCUGGAGAAGAAUCAUACGCCGACGACAGCGAGAAAGACGGGUCUUCGGCGGAGGAAGAAGAGGGGCAAUAUGCAACAUUGGAAACCGUCGGAACGAAAUACCACACUGGCAAUGAGUAUCGUAAUGAGUCACAUGGUGUUAAUGUGAUUGAAUUCAAAGAUACCGUGCACGCUACACCGUAUCAGUUUCAACCAUAUCAACCGUACUAUCAAGGUGAAGGUCAAACAAAUGAAUAUCCGUCGGAUUUGAAUCCCGAGUACAAACAGGAGAAGUACGAAAACGACGAAGAUGCUCAUUAUGAGGGAAAUUAUUCAUACCCGCCGUACUUAGGCUAUGCGCCCGGGAAUAUUACACACAAGCCACGGGACGUGCCUUACCCGUACAAUAUGCCGCCAUCUCUACCUGCAGGGGCUCAUCAGCCGCUGUGUUACGGAGCCUACGGUCCACAGGAGCCUAUACAUUCGCUGGCAUCUGGGAAAGCAGGCGUUUUUCUGUGUAAUAGAGAGCUGUGGUCAAAAUUUCAUACACAUAUUACUGAAAUGAUUGUGACGAAACAAGGGAGGCGCAUGUUUCCCGUACUUGAAUUCAGUUUCACGGAUUUAAUUCCGACUAAAAUGUACAAUGUCUAUGUGGACAUGAUAUUGGCGGACAAUCAUCACUGGAAAUUUCAAAAUGGAAAGUGGAUCCCCGUCGGAGAUGCUGAGCAGUUGCCGAAAACUGGGAGGAUAUACCUACACCCUGACUCGCCGAACACAGGUGCACAUUGGAUGAAACAGGACAUUAUCUUCAACAAACUCAAACUUACAAACAACAAGAGCAAUUCUGGAGGACACAUUGUCGUAAACUCCAUGCAUAAAUACCAGCCUCGAAUAAAUGUAAUUGAAGUCGGGCCUUGUAAAACAGGGGACCCUCAAACGCUACAGACACAUUCAUUUCCGGAGACGCAGUUCAUUACAGUCACGGCAUACCAGAACACAGAUAUAACUCAGUUGAAGAUUGACCACAAUCCCUUUGCCAAAGGAUUUCGUGAUACACAAGAUGGAAAUGUACAAACAGGUAGAAUGCUUCCCGGUGGGUACCCUCAUAUGACGCCAGCUACGCCGGAUCUUGCAUUCCAUAGACUGCCGCCAACAUCACAGGGAUACUAUCCAAAAGGCGGUUUUCCGAUUACCGAUGCGCACAGAGAUUUACCGUUCCUUCCGCCAAAUUACCCAGGUCCUACUUUUUCUUCCGCCGGACCAAUGACAUCAGGAGAUUUAGAUCAUCACGCCAGUUCGUAUGACCAGUUUCGGAUAGCUCCACCAGUUCAAAGUGAAGAGCCCGCGCAGGAAUAUUGGGGUGAAGGUGAACAGUCGGAAGACCAAUAUAAGAUGGAGCCUCCAUCGAAAAGAGUGAGAUAUUCCGAUGAAGAAUAUAAUUGUUUAUAAUCCCACUUCAAAUGGUAGAGGGUAUUCGAAUCAUAAAAUCGAUAAUUCAAGACGAUGUUCAACUUUACAUGAUUUUUCUUACAUAUAUAGAAAUG